AUGCUCGCGCUGCGCCACUGGCUGCGGGUGCUGCGACCCGGCGGCCUCUGCGUGACGAUGCUGCCCGACCCGUGCGAGCGCGGCCUCAUGGACCGCGCGCGCCUCGCGCUGCCGGCGGCCCACUUCGUCGCCGAGUUCGAGAGCGGCGAGACGACCCAGCACUCGGUCCUCGACGACCACGGCCUGGAGAUCGCGCUGUCCGCGACGCGGUACGCGGAGCUCGCGAUCAACAACGGCCGCCGCGCCGACGCGCUCGCGGAGCUGCGCGGCGCCGAGGCCUACCUCGCGUCGACGACCUCCAACGGCUUCCAGGCGUCCGUGAACGUGCGCCUCAAGGCCGAGCACAUGGUCAAGAUGGCCAGGUUCGUCGCGAACGCGAUCCCCGACUUCCCGCCGCUGAACGUGUCCCACGUGUCGCCGAAGCGCCUCCGGGACACGGUGGACUCGCUGCGCCAGGGGAACCAGGAGCUCGGCCACGUCCACGUCUGGUCCCACGCGACGCUCGUGGAUUAUCUUCUGGCGGCGGAGAAGGCCGUGCCCGACGACGCGCACUUCGUGGCUUUGGCGGCCGAGGUCUGCGGCAUGCCCUACGGCCCGGCGCAGCCCCUCGACGACGCGCCGCACACGGAGUACCGCAUCGUCCUCCAGCGCGCGAUCCCGCGGCGCGAGGGCCCGCGGAGCGAGCCCGACGGAUCCCGGGGGCCGCACGUCGACCUCGGCAAGCGGUGGAUCGUCAUGGCGGCGCUGUCGCGGCGCUACCAGGCGGGCCACGCGCGGGCCUGGCCCGUGCUCCUCCCCGCGCGGGACCACGCGGGCGGGAGCCCCGGGAGCCGCUUCCCGCCCGCGGAUCUGGCGGACCUCUUCCCGAAGAAGCGCGCGGACGGGCGGCCCGCGCGCUGGGCGGACCCGCCGCCGCGGGGCCGCCAGCGCGGGCCCCUCGCGGGCAUCCCGAACCCGAUCCUCCCCGGCGGCGGGCUCCACCCGGCCUACGCGAAGCUCGACAUCUCGCCGGUGGAGAUGGAGGUCCUCGAGCACGCGGCGAAGAUCGCCGCGACGCUCGGCGACGACGACGACGACGACGACAUGAUGGCGCCGCCGCCGGGCGCCGACGCGCCCUAG